GACUGAAAGCAUGGCUGACUCAAAAAAUGUAACUUCAUCUGUCAAUCACACCUGUGAUCUGGUUGUCCCAUCAGUCAACCCUUUCUUUAUGCUGGUCUACAGUCUGCUGUUUCUGGUGGGUUUACUCCUCAAUGGCUUCAUCCUAAAGUUUUACAUUUCUCAAACUCAGCAGCAGGCAUCCAGCGGCUUGAUGGUCUACCUGCAGAACCUGACAGCUGCUGACUUCCUGCUCUGCCUCUGUCUGCCACUGCGGAUAAUCCACUAUGCCAGCAACUCGGCCAUUUUGCACAUACUCCACUGCAGCAUUGGAGCUACUUCCCUGUACCUCAACAUGUACACCAGCAUCCUUUUCAUGGGGUACAUCGCUGUUAACAGGUAUCUGACAAUCAUCCAUCCUUCAGGAACUCACAUCCUGCAGACAGUACGAACUGCCCACAUCGUCUCCAUGGUCACCUGGGUUUUUCUCCUGGCUCCAACAAUCGCCUACAACAUCAUGUUUUUCAUCACUCACAAACCUGUCACCUCUGACCACUGCUACUGUGGGCCCCUCUUCAGUACGUCAUUCAGCGUCCUUCAUAAAGCAUUCCAAAUCAGCUGCACCAUCAUCUUCCUCUUAGUCUUCAUAUCCCUGGUCUUCUUCUACUACAGCAUCUCCCGCAAGGUGUUGCAGGCACAGCAGAGGCAGCUGGCCUCCUCUGGCUCUGAGAAGCUGGUGAAGUCUCGCAGGAACAUGUUGGUGCUGGUCAGCAUCUUCUGUGUUUGCUUUGUUCCCUACCACCUGGCUCGUCUUCCCUAUGCUUUUCUGUGGGACACCAACACUGUGGGCCGGCUAUUGUACUACCUGAAGGAGGCAGCCGCCAUGGUGUCAGUUUUCAACGUCUGCCUGGACCCACUUGUUUACUUUUACCUCUGUAAGACUUUUCGGGUCCACGUGAGAAAGGCAUCCUGGAGAGUCAACAAUCCAAACAAACAAACCAGGAGAGUGAGAGCAGCAACGAGCCAAACCAAGGAGCUGUAAAGAAAAGAUGAGGCUCAGCUCAACAUUUCAUGGGGUGAUGACAUCAUGAUCAUUUUUUAAUUUUCAAUAUAUUUUCAAGUAUAGAAAACAAAAUAUUUUUCACUUUGUCAUUAUGUUUUUUUUUUUUUACAUCAAUUUUGAGAUGAAAAGAAAAAGAAUCAUUCUGGAAUGAGGAUGUAACAUGACAACACGUGACCAAGUGAGCACUCUCUCGAUGCACGGCACCUCAACAUCACCGCUUCACACAUGGCUCAUUUUUAACCUUCUUCUUUCCACAACACGCUAACAUGUAGCUUAAACAAUCACAUUUUUAUAUCUUGUUUACUUUCUUUCAGUUGUUUUUUUCCAAAACCUGGAGCUGAUAAACGAUCACCAUGUUGUUAUUUUGUGCUUGUUUGUGAGUAAAAUGAAUGUUGUUCUUUGUGACCUGGAUUGUGUUGUUAAUCUGUGUCACACAGACUGACUAUAUGUCAGCACUUGUAGCUACCUG